GUUGCCGCCUCUCUCAUCUCUGAUCUCUCCGCCUAGGAGGUCGUUCUAUCAGAGCACCCAGUUGGCUACGGGCACUCCCCUCCACCGCCCGCGUGUGGCUGGGCUCGUCUUCAUGGGCGCCACAGACAUCCCGGCCAACGGGUCCUGGUGCUGCCCAUUGAGAAGCCGGAUAUUCGAAACUUGUCUCUCCUCGUCGCUUCAACCAACCUAUAGUGGAUAUAAGCCUUGAUUCGUUGUGUUGUAUGUCAUAUACCUAGCCUUCUUGGCCCGACCGUCCCUAUUGCGAACAUGAUCGCCGCCCUCGCAACGCUCCUCGUCGGCCUCUCGACUGUCUACUUCUUCUCCCGCGCCCUCCUGCAUUUCACCCAAGAUGCCAGGGAACCGCCGGCCGUCCACACCUCCGUCCCCUUCGUCAGCCCGUUGAUCGGCCUGGGACGAGAAGGCUUGAAGUUUUGGGUUGCGCGGAAGCAUUUGCCCAUCUACACCCUGCGGUUUCCCUUCACCCGGUUAUACAUCGUGAAUUCAACCGCUCUGGUCUCUUCCGUGCAGCGCCAAGUCCGCAGCGUCUCCUUUUCGCCCGUCUUGGUCCGCAUGGCUUCGAGCCUCAUGGGCGUCAGUAAGCCCGGCUUGGAGAUCAUUGCGAGAGACUCGCUCGAAGAGCACUCCUUCGUUAUGCAGACCCCCAAGGCCCUCCACCCGAGCCUGAGCCCGGGUGCGAAACUCAACGCGCUAAACACCCGGGCGGUCAGCGUUCUUGCCGCAUCCCUCGAGAAGUUUGGAACGGCAGAGGAGCCCAGUGUGUUGAAGAUGAAUGAAUGGAUUCGACACCAGGUCAUGAUGGCUACCACCGAGGGAAUUUACGGCCCUGGUAACCCGUUCCGCGACCCUGCCAUCCGGGAUGUCUGGCACAAGUACGAGACCGGACUGAUUCCACUCAUGAUGAGCAUCGCGCCUGCGCUCACGGCUCGAGAGAGCCUCAGGAUGCGCGAAACCCUGGUGAAGCGUUACGAGAGAUACUACGACGAGCACGGCUACCUUGAUCCCGAGGCAUCGGCCUUCAUCAAGGACCGUUACGAAUUCUUCAGCCGGUUUGGCUUGGGCCACGAAGAUAUAGCGAGGUUAGAGGUCGCCUCCUCCAUCGCGCUUAUCGGGAACACCAUGCCUGCCACCUUUUGGCUCGUCUUCCACAUCCUCUCAGACAAGGCCGUCCUCGAGGACUGCCGCGGGGAGCUCUCCAAGGCCCUCCAGGAGCACGACGGCGUCUGCACAUUCGACGUGGGAUACAUGAAAAGCUCGUGUCCCAUCUUCUUCUCUACCUUCCAAGAAGUAUUGCGGUUUCACGGCAUCGGCGUGUCGGCUCGGGUAGUCACGGAAGAUGCCACGAUCAACGACCAGUAUCUCCUGAAAAAAGGAGGCAUAGUCCUGAUUCCGGGAGCAGCUCAGCACCACCUUUCAUCCGCGUGGGGAGAGAAGGCCGACACCUUCGACCACAGACGUUUCGUCCCGGAGGCCGGCAGCCGGAAGCGGCGCUACGACCCCGCGGCCUUCCGCGGGUUUGGCGGCGGCUCAACGCUUUGCCCCGGGCGCCACUUCGCGUCUACCGAGAUGCUGGCCUUCACGGCCUUAAUUGUCCUACGCUUCGAAAUCCAGCCGCGAAGUGGCCGCUGGGUCGCGCCCACCACGGCCAAGUCCAAUCCCGGAACGUCCGUCGAGCAGCCCGACUACGACAUCGACGUCGAGAUCCGCUCGCGCGACCACCGGAGAUGGGCCGUCACCAUGUCUGGCUCCGACAAGCCGAUGAUGAUUUCCGCCGAAGACAUUGCUGCCGUCGGUGCGGAAUAGGGGGGGCGGUAUGUAUGCUAUGAGCCGAGAAGGCCCUUAAGGACGCGAUUUGUGGCCUAAUGCAGGGCCGGGAAUGCAAAUGAAAACCGAAACGUGAUAGGAGAUAAAGCGAACCUGGCGCCAGAAGCUUGGAAACGAUUAAGACCACUACGAGUUAAUAACAUGUCUCCCAUAGUAUAAGAGCACACUUGUUGCCCCUCUUCUAUAGUCAGACGGACUACGGAGGUAGUUUGUAAUACUCACUUGCUCACGGAGCCCUCUGGACAUCACUAUAUACCACUAGUAGGUAAUAGUAUUUCUCUCUUAUCUCGCAAUGUACGCUGCGGUAUAUCCGUUCUCGGCCUGUUGAAGGCGCGUAGUUCGACAGAGCGCCACGACAGGACCUACCUGUAUUCGACUCUCAAGCAUACGCUUCCAAGGUGCCCCGACCUAAUGAUAACUAUUAUUGGA